AUGCUUCGAAGACAGGUCCUGCGGCAGUCCCGCGCCAUCUCAGAAUCCCUCGCAGCAUCACCGCAAAUACGGCGGCGUUCGCCAUUCUCUUCUGCAACCUUCAUCUCUCCCCGGUCAUCUGUGCCCGCCUCAUACUCCUCCAGAUUAGGCCGGAGAUGGCAGUCCACAGAGGCUGAUAAAGCUGCAAACGCCGACGAAAACAUAGCUCCCCAGACAGAACAGACGAAAGCACCAGAGGCGAAGGAAGAUCCUACAAAGCAGGAACUCGAGAAGGCAAAGAAGGAAAUCAUUGACCUAAAGGACAAAUACCUCCGCUCGGUUGCUGACUACCGCAACCUGCAGGAGCGAACGAAACGAGAAACCGAGUCUGCACGACAAUUCGCCCUGCAACGCUUCGCCACCGACCUGCUCGAUUCCAUAGAUAACCUUGACCGAGCACUCACUGCUGUACCCAAAGAAGUCCUUGGAAAUGCCACAACGUCAAACACCUCGUCCUCAGACCCCAACGCCGCUGCUGCAUCGGAGUCUAUGUCCGAUGCGAACAAGCAUCUCAUCGACCUACACGGGGGCCUCAUGAUGACGGAAGGCAUCCUGAUGUCCACGCUGAAAAAGCACGGCAUCGAGAGGUUCGAUCCGCUGGAGGGCGAGGGGCGAAAGUUCGACCCCAACACCGACGAGGCGACCUUCUUCGCAAAGGUUGAUGGCAAGCAGGAUGGGGAGGUCUUCUUCACUCAGAGCAAGGGAUACAAACUGAAUGGCAGAGUCCUGAGGGCAGCCAAGGUUGGCGUUGUUAAGAAUUCAUAA